AGAAGAAUAAUAAAACUCUUCAAUCAGUGGAGGGGAUAUCUGUUGUGGGCCACCGCCUCGUAAAGUAAUGCACCCUCCGACCACUUUUUCAGGUUGACGCCGUAAUUCAGCGCUCGGUUGGAGCACUUCAUUUUCACUAUGCCCAUCGGUGCAAUGCUAUUGGCUGAAAUCCCAAGCAUCCAUGAUUAAGCCCGCACCGCAGCACACUGGAUCCCACACCGUCCUCUACACUAUAUAUACCGUGCACAAUUUGUCAAUGUACACCCAUUCACGUGCUAAACGCUUAAUCUGAAUAAACAUAAUUGAAUUUGAAUCUCUCCGCGAAAAUGGAGAACGAGAAAGCUUUUGAGUUUCUUGGACGCGUUCCUCUUCUGCAGAGGCUUCCGAGCUCGUCUGUGAGGAAGAUAUCUCAACUUGUGGAUGUCAAAAGCUGCGAGCCGGGAGAGUAUGUUGUUCGAGAGGGUGAACAUGGAGAUGGCGUGUACUUCAUAUUGGAUGGAGAGGCUGAAGUUGUUAGAUCCGUUAGUGCCAAUGAUGAAAAUCGCCCAGAGUUCCAGUUGAAAAGAUAUGAUUACUUUGGUUAUGGUUUGUCAAAUACAGUUCACCAGGCAGGUGUUGUUGCUUUGUCUAAGCUGACAUGCUUAGUGCUUCCCCACGAGCACUCAACACUGCUGCAGCCAAAAUCUAUCUGCAGAGCUGAAAAUUGCUCUGAGACAUGCUCACCUGUGGAGAAUAUACUGCAUGUGGAACCCUUGGAGGUAGAUAUCUUCCGAGGAAUUACCCUUCCAGAUGCUCCAAGAUUUGGAAAGGUGUUUGGGGGGCAGAUGAUUGGACAGGCACUGGCUGCAGCAUCAAAAUCUGUUGACUGUCUAAAGGUUGUUCAUAGUUUGCAUGCCUAUUUUAUUCUUGCGGGAGAUUUAGAAAUGCCAAUUACAUAUAAAGUUGAUCGUAUCCGCGAUGGGAGGAGCUUUGCUUCAAGGAAAGUAGAAGGAAUUCAAAAGGGAAUUACCAUAUUCACGCUGUUGGCUUCAUUUCAAAAGGAAGAAUCGGGGAUGGUCCACCAGAAAGUAGCUAUACCAUCUGUGCCAUCUCCAGAUAAGGCAAGAUACAAGCUUCUACCAAUGGAAGAGCUACGGGAGAGACGUCUUACUGACCCUCGUUUACCAGUAACCUACCGGAACAAAGUGGCUACAUCUCAAUUCAUACCCUGGCCCAUAGAGAUACGAUUAUGUGAAUAUGAGUUCUCAACAAAUAUGACAAAAUCUCCCCCCAGUUUGAGAUACUGGUUUAGAGCAAAGGGAAAACUUUCAGAUGAUCAAGCCUUGCAUAGGUGCGUGGUGGCAUAUGCUUCAGAUCUAAUAUUUCUUCAAGUAAGCUUGAAUCCCCACCGUGAGAAGGGUUUCAGGACACGUUCUGUUAGUCUGGACCACUCUAUGUGGUUUCAUCGAUCUGUAAAAGCAGAUGAUUGGGUGCUAUUUGCGAUUUUUACUCCUACUGCCCACAGUGCACGCGUCUUUGUGACGGGCCAAAUGUUCAAUCAGAAGGGAGAGCUUCUUGUAUCAUUGGUUCAAGAAGGACUAGCCAGGAAAAUUAAUCAAGGAAAUUCAGCCAUUAAAUCUAAGUUGUGAGCUGCUAUACACAGAGUAACAUGUAUCCAUUUUAUAUUUUUAUUUUAAAAAAUCUCAUGUAUCAAUAAUAUCUUAAUAAAUCAA